GAUGCAUUUUAAAGAGAAGGAAAGCUAGAAAAGGAAGAGGCGUUUUGUCUGGAUUUGAGAUUUGUGGAGUAUGAGUUGUUGUGGAAUUAAUAAAACACUAUUUUUCCUUUUUUUUUAAUAAUGGUAUUUGAUGGGUUUUCCUAGGCCUCCUCUUCCACAUAAAUCAUGCUUAGUAUUUAUUCCCUUUUUUCUUGAAAGUUUCGAUUUUUCCCUUCAGUUGAAUUUAUUGAUUUUAGAGGAUUCUGAAUUUGUGGAAAUUGAUCCAACUGGAAGAUAUGGGAGGUAUAAUGAGAUUCUUGGAAAAGGGUCUUCUAAGACAGUUUAUAGAGCUUUUGAUGAGUAUGAGGGGAUUGAAGUAGCCUGGAAUCAGGUGAAACUUUAUGACUUUCUGCAAAGUCCAGAAGAUCUUGAGAGAUUGUAUUGUGAAAUUCAUCUUCUCAAAACUCUAAAACACUCCAAUAUUAUGAAAUUCUACACCUCUUGGGUGGAUACUACAAAUAGGAACAUCAAUUUUGUGACAGAAAUGUUCACUUCUGGCACCCUCAGACAGUAUAGGCUGAAACACAAGAGGACAAAUAUUAGAGCAAUCAAAUACUGGUGUAGGCAGAUUUUGCAAGGGCUUCUCUAUCUCCACAACCAUGAUCCUCCUGUUAUUCACAGGGACCUCAAGUGUGACAACAUUUUCAUCAAUGGGAACCAAGGCGAGGUCAAGAUUGGUGAUCUUGGCCUCGCUGCGAUCCUCAGGAAAUCCCAUGCCGCACGUUGUGUUGGAACUCCCGAGUUCAUGGCUCCGGAGGUGUAUGAAGAGGAAUACAACGAAUUAGUUGAUAUUUAUUCAUUUGGAAUGUGCAUUUUGGAAAUGGUGACAUUUGAAUAUCCUUAUAGUGAAUGCACUCAUCCUGCUCAAAUUUAUAAGAAAGUGAUCUCGGGAAAGAAACCGGAUUCCCUGUACAAAGUUCAGGAUCCUGAGGUUCGUAGGUUUGUUGAGAAAUGCUUAGCGACAGUAACUGAUAGGAUGUCUGCUUGGGAUCUUCUCAACGAUCCGUUCCUUCAAAUUGAUGAUUGUGGUUACGAUUUGAGGGCAUUGCAGUAUCAACGGGACUGUGGUGAACUAGGCCCUCUUUUAAGACAGCCUCUCUUGAUCAGUGCUCAUCAUAGCACAACGAGUUCUUUAGUUAAUGGCUACUCAAAUUAUAUCUGUUACGAUCAAGAGCAUGACUUGGAUUCUAACUCGGUUGACUACGAAGCAACAAAGAUCAACUUAUUCAUGGGUCAAGACGAUGAUCAGUUGGAAAAUCUUGACAUUACCAUCAAUGGGAGAAAGAGUGAGGAUGAUGACAUAUUUCUUCGACUCAGAAUUGCUGAUAAAGAAGGUCGAGUGCGAAACAUUUACUUCCCUUUUGACAUUGAAACCGACACAGCACUGAGCGUUGCGACUGAAAUGGUUGCUGAGUUGGACAUAACGGACCAAGAUGUGACUAAGAUAGCGGAAAUGAUCGAUGGUGAGAUUGCUUCCUUGGUUCCUGAAUGGAAACCAGGAUUUGGCAUAGACGAGAGCCCUAUCAAGAGUGGUAGCGUCUGCCAAACCUGUGCUUUGGGUGACGCAGACUACUUGGGCAAGACUGUGCACGGAUGUGGAUCAGUCCAUGGUCGCUUUGAAGAGAUCACGUACCAAGUUGAAGGGUCGGAGCAACGUGUGACUGAUGGUGCUCACUACACAAACAUAUGGGUGCAGCAAGAGAACCACGAAGUGACUUCUUCAUCAUCUAAUGACAAUCAAUUUGAUCACUCCUCCAAGGAGAAGGAGACUGUCACAAGAAGUGCCGAUGAAAAGGCCUCCAACGAGCAAGUAUCACCUACAACGAGCAAUUCACCUCAACACGAUAACUAUGAGAAUGAGAUGAGGCAGGAGCUGAGAUGGUUCAAGGCCAGGUACAAAAAGCAGCUGAGGGAGCUCACUCAUAAACAGCUGGGGGUUGUGAGAGAUAGAUCACGAUCAUUCUCAAGCAUUGCUAACGGAGAAACAGAUGAAUUUGACAUCAAUUGUUCAUUAUCCAACGGGAAGCAUUUCACUCUAUUUCCUCUCACAGAUUCUGAUAGAAGCACCAGUGAUCCAAAGGUCUACAGCUACGAGUCCGCUUAUAAUUCUUGUAGUCCCUUGCAUUUGGUCACAGCCAAAAGCUUCUAUGCCAGUGGUUUGCUCCCGCAUUCACUCCACAGGGCUACCUCUCUGCCAGUCGAUGCCACCGAGCUCUAGAACAUGUGGCUGUUUCGACAAGGCUCUUGAGAGGCACACAUAGCUUGAGGUGAAAGUCAGUUGGAUUUGAAUUGAGUGAGUGGAUGUACAUUACUAACUGAUUCAUACAACAGAUAUAGCAAAAAUUGGUCCUCACAUUGUAAUUUCUCCAUUCCAAUACAAAUCGGUUCUCUUUUUUGAAA